AUGGGCAUCUGCGCAUCCUGCCUAGGCCUGGGGCGGCGGCCCUCGGACUCUGAGCGCUCUGACAGCUCGCAUCUCCUUGGAGACCCCUACCAGCCCCACUACGGCAGCAUCAACGGCCCCGGCUCGCACAGCGUGCCCCAGCCCGACCCAGAAGAGAUUCGACGCCAGCGGGACGCGUUGGAGCGCAUCUGCGCCCAGACAUCGGACAAAUUGAUCCACGUCUCCCAAGCCACCUACACCGACGAUGGCGCCAACUCCGAGUACCCUCGCCUCUUCAAUGAGCGCUUCCCGCCCAUGAAGCAGUCAAGCCGCCCCACCUCCGCCCAUGCUGAUGCCGAAGAAGACGAAGCUACAUGGCUGGGGAACGUCAUUGGCGACUCUGCCGACGCCGAGGGCAGCUGGGAGCGCGUCGAACCCAUCGAUUCUGGAGCAUUGACGAUCCAGUUCGGCGACGCCCUCGGCUCAGACAGGCGUCAGGCACGGUAA